UCUGGAUAGGCCUGUUCAAUGAGCCCUGGAAGUGGUCACACCAGGGGGAUAGCUACACAUUUUACAACUGGAGCAAUGGGGAACCAAACAGUGGGGGAGACAAUGUGAAGUGUGUGACAAUGAGUAAGAGUGGUGGAUGGCUUGGCUAUGACUGCAACUCUCUCUUCCCCUUCUUCUGCUGUGAGGGCGGCUCCUCUGGUCAGUGUUUCUAUGAAGGAGCUGGGAAGACAUGGCAGGAAGCUCAGAGCUACUGUAGAAACCAAGGCAGAGACCUGCCCAGCAUUUACGACCAGGCCAGGGUUAAUGAGCUUAUAGGUCUUGUAUCUUCAACUAAUGACACAGCUUACUGGAUUGGGCUGUAUCAUGACAAAGAGAACGGGCAGUGGUCCAGUGGAGAUGGUGACAUCUACUCCAACUGGGAACCACACCUCUUAUGUGCUUCAGUCAAUGCGGAGGGAGAGUGGGAGGAUUCAAUCUGCGAUCAGAGAAAGUAUUUCAUGUGCUACAGCGAGGCCAGCGACAUCACUGAGAGAUACACCCUGAUUGAAGAACUGAAAACCUGGACUGAAGCUCAGCAGUACUGUAGAGAAAACCACACCGACCUCGUCAGUAUAAAGAGUGCCAGUGAACAUGAAGACUUAGUGAAGAAAGCACAGGGCACGCCCUUCUGGAUAGGCCUGUUCAAUGAGACCUGGAAGUGGCCACACCAGGGGGAUAACUACACAUUUUACAGCUGGAGCAAAGGGGAACCAAACAAUGACGGAGGCAAUCAGAACUGUGUGAUGAUGAGUAAGACUGGUGAAUGGACUGACACUGGCUGCAAUGAUCUGAACUCCUUCUUCUGCUGUGAGGGCGGCUCCUCUGGUCAGUGUUUCUAUGAAGGAACUAAGAAGACAUGGCAGGAAGCUCAGAGCUACUGCAGAAACCAAGGCAGAGACCUGCCCAGCAUUUACGACCAGGCCAGGGUUAAUGAGCUUAUAGGUCUUAUAUCUUCAACUAAUGACACAGCUUACUGGAUCGGGCUGUAUCAUGACAAAGAGAACUGGCAGUGGUCCAGUGGAGGUGAUGUCAUCUACUCCAACUGGGGACGACACCUCUUCUGUGCUUCAGUCAAUGCGGAGGGAGAGUGGGAGGAUUCAAUCUGCGAUCAGAGAAAGUAUUUCAUGUGCUACAGCGAGGCCAGCGACAUCACUGAGAGAUACACCCUGAUUGAAGAACUGAAAACCUGGACUGAAGCUCAGCAGUACUGUAGAGAAUAUCACACCGACCUCGUCAGUAUAAAGAACGCCAGUGAAAAUGAAGAAAUAGUGAAGAAAGCGCAGGGCACACCCUUCUGGAUAGGCCUGUUCAAUGAGCCCUGGAAGUGGUCACACCGGGGGCAUAACUACACAUUUCACAACUGGAGCAAUGGGGAACCAAACAGUGGGGGAGACAAUGUGAAGUGUGUGACAAUGAGUAAGAGUGGUGGAUGGAAUGACUACGGCUGCAGCUAUCUCCUCCCCUUCUUCUGCUCUAACCAAACCUGGAGACCCUCUUCCACUCCGGUCUCUCACGAAUCCUCGAGCCCCUCUUCCACUCCGGUCUCUCAAAAAUCCUCGAGCCCCUCUUCCACUCCGGUCUCUCAAAAUUCAAACCCCACUAGCCCCCCUUCCACUCUGGUCUCUCAAAGCACUCCAGUCCCUGAGGAGCUCCACCUGAUCUCUCACAGUAUGGUCUGGCCGGAGGCUUGGCAGUACUGCAAGGAUCACUACACUGACCUAGUGAGCCUCACAAGCCUGGCUGCACAGAACAGAGUGUCGGAGCUCGUCAGGAACAGCACUGCGUCGCGAUUCUGGAUCGGCCUGCACAGAACCGUUGUGUAUGCUAACUGGUACUGGGUUGCUGGUAAGGAUAAGAGGUCCCCCCUAAACUACACUGACUGGGCCCCUGGGGAGCCCAACAAUCCUUACUUUGAGCACUGUGGGGAGAUGGUGCUGCGGGAGGAUGGGGGUGCUGAAUGGAAUGAUCUGUGCUGCUAUGAAAAGCUCCCCUUUGUCUGUUUCAAAGAUUAAAAACUACCAGAAAAGGUUUUACAACAGUGGCUCUCAAACUAUCUCUAGUUGGGACCCCUUUAAAGUCACUUUAGAAAUAUCUAAAUUUAAAUCGUAUGAACAUGGAAUGUGUGAAUAAUAAAACAGAAAUAAAUCUUGUGUCUGACAGAGCUGGACAAUGCCAUGUCUGCUCUCUAUAAAGAGGUGCUGCAAUGCACUGCAGCCAUCGCGGAUGCUAGGUCUGCUUGUGAUGUGGUCAUUAAAAACCUUUCUGUGACCCCCAGGGGGUCCCAGCCCCCAUCUGAGAACCACUGUCUCCACAGAACCCAGAGCUUUACUAUAGGAGUAGUGCACCAAAAUACUACACAAUCCACGAGAAGGAAAUACUAUGUAGCAAUCUUUAAUGAUCUAAAUUAUUGUGAUAUUUCAUUCCAUAAUUGUUUAAUAUCCUAUUGUGUGUGUUCUGUAUGAUUCUCUAUUGUUUCCGCUCAGAGCAUUAUCUGCCAUGCUUACUAACUAUUCCAGCAAUCGUGGCUUCUGAAAAGACUCAAAAUCACUUCCUCACAAUCAGCCUUGAGCAGUCUUUUCAGAAGCUGCUUCACUUGUUUUUAUUAAUUCUGGAUCCACAGCUGUUUAAAAUGCAGCAUGUAGAUAAACUGCUGCAUCCUGGUACCUUUGGUUUCAAUUGGUUUCACUUGGUUUCAGUUAUUAUUAUGUAGAACAUUGCCUUUGAAAUAUCUACAUGUUCCAAAUUGAAAUAUAAAACACAAGCAAAAAAAAAAAGGUCCAGUGAUAAUAUUGCUGGUGUUGGUAAGCUUUCAGAAAAUGAAUUUGAAAGCUGGAGUUAGCAGUCCUUUAAUAUAGGGUAUAGGGGAGCAGUUCAGAGGGGGUAAUGCUUAGCUUGCUAUUCUCAUUAUUGCUACUUUUAAGCACUUUAUUUUAUUUAAAUAUAAAAAUAGUUUUUACAUAUUUAGAGAGCGUGUCUGUCAUCAGUCAGGCCUGUAUGAUGUCAUCAGCACCAGUAUACAAAAUCGCCACAUGGAAAACAAAAGAGAAUCAAACUUUUUAUUUUCCUUGUUUGCACGUUUGUGUUG